GUGCAGGUGUAAAAUGAGUUGCUGUACCAAUUAACAAUCAGCUGAUCGUGACAGGCGUCCGAUGGCCGAUUGUUGCGCGCAGUGAACAGCAGUGAAUAGUAAUGAAAGAAUACAAAUGAUCCUGUCGCUUUGAUCUCAGACAUUUAUUCGAAUUUGGAAGAAUCUUAGGAAGAGAAAGGUAAGAGAAACGGAAGACUGCAGCUGGAAAGGAACGGAUGUCCAUUUUAGAGGAGCAAACGCGACGAUGCGAUGACAUUUCGUUGAACGCGUGUCAAGGACUGCGUGAUUAGAGCUAUUGUUUACAUCUUGAGAUGUCGAAUUGACACAAUAUACUAACGUUUAAAACUGUGGGAACGUGAUAAUCUAAGCGAUGGCAGCGAAAGUGUAUCAACCUGAUCAGGAGCUGGAAACGAAAGUCAAGAAAGAAGGCAAAAACGCAAUGAAAGCUCGUUGUUGCAGCGACGGAGCGCAUAUCGGAAAACAUGCACAUCGUCGCGAACGAGCCGUCGCUCGCGUUCUAUAGGCUGCAGGAGCAUGUGAGGAAAGCGCUGCCGCCGAUGGUAGAAAAACGCGUGGAGGUGUUGGCGCUGCAGCAGCAGCUGCUGGGCAGGUGCUACGACGUCGAGUACGCGGUUAGCGCCAUCCGAACCAUGCAUGGCGCCGGAAAGAGCUUCGAGAAUACUCUGGAGUUCAUCAAGAACGCCAUAUUCUUCAAGCAGCAGCUCAAGUACGAGGAGCAGAGGCGGCACAAAAAGGAAGGCAGUAGGGACUCGGUCUACAAGAGGCUGUCGGCGCACAUCCCGACCCUGGAUCAUCUGCCGGACGAGAUAUCCGAUGUGGUGCGGGAAACGGCGAACCGCGUCGAGUCGAUGAUGAAUCGGCACUCGGGCGAGGCGCAACACAAGGCCGCUCACAAGGAUUAGAGAAAUAGGGGGAAGGACUCAAUUUUCUGUGAUAAUAACUCGCUUAUCCACGAGUUUUAUAUGUGUAGAUUACGACGCCGCACACAAUACUGUUGAUACAAUAAAUGAUGCCGUAAAUAUUAUUUCUAUUCCUGUUGUCACAAGCAAUCGUAUCAGUUCUAUCUGCAGGUGUACGAUGUGCCUCUAUCUUUAUGGCUAAAAUUCAACAUUGAGCGUUUAUGUAUAAAAUAUAAAUAAUCUACAUUACGUGUAUACCAUGUCAACUAAGUUAAACAUAUCAUCAAUGUAGAGAUGUAUGUAUAACAAUCAUUGAAUUUUCAAAUUUUAUCACAAAUAGUGGAGAUUAUAUUUCUAA